CUCGCUUUUUUUUUUUUGUUCUCCAUCACUCACUCUCUACUCUCUCAAAAAAUCACACAUACCCCCCACCCAGCCCCAAUCUAAUCCAUCCAACAUGAAGUUCUCUGCCGCCGCCAUCGCUGUCGCCUUCUUGGGCCUUGCCGCUGCCGCCAAGCCCUCCGCCACCACCACCACCUCCUCCGGAGUUGUGACCGCAACCGAGACCUCGACGACCGUCAUUGGCAUCACCACGAGCAUCACCAUCGGUGUCCCAACCGUCAUCACCACCACCGUCGCGACCCCCUCCACGACCACCGCCGGAACCGCGCCCACCACCUCGCCCUCGAGCGGAAACGCCUUGAACGCCCCUGCGAAGGCCCUCAUGGCCGUCGGUGCCGGUGCCUUUGCCUUUGCCCAGUUCCUCAACGGCUUGGCGAUUUGUGAUCAUGGUGGAGUGGAUGACAGCAUUGUCUUCUAUGACCACCUCGGGUUCGUUGACGUGGAAUAUGUUCAUAAGAGGGAUGUUUUUAAUAGUAGCUUGGGACUCGGCAAAGGCGGGAAGCCAGCUUGA